AGUGAAGAUGGCUGACUAAAUAAACAUGGGGAACUGGAAUUUCCUUGGAGGCAUCCUGGAGGAAGUUCACAUCCACUCCACCAUAAUUGGAAAGAUCUGGCUCACUAUCCUGUUCAUAUUUCGAAUGCUUGUUCUGGGUGUAGCAGCUGAGGAUGUCUGGAAUGACGAGCAGUCUGGCUUCGUCUGUAAUACAGAACAACCUGGCUGCAGAAAUGUGUGCUAUGACCAGGCCUUUCCUAUCUCCCUGGUUAGAUACUGGGUUUUGCAAGUGAUAUUUGUGUCUUCACCAUCCCUGGUCUAUAUGGGCCAUGCUUUAUACCGACUGAGGGUUCUGGAGAAAGAGAGGCAGAGGAAGAAAGCUCAACUGAGAGGAGCACUGGAGGGGGUGGAGUUUGAAAUGCCUGGGGACCGAAGGAGACUGGAGCAAGAACUUUGUCAGCUGGAACAAAGGAAACUAAAUAAAGCUCCACUCAGAGGAACACUGCUUUGCACUUACGUGGUACACAUUUUCACUCGCUCCGUGGUUGAGGUUGGGUUCAUGAUUGGACAGUAUCUUUUAUAUGGAUUUCAUUUAGAGCCUUUAUUUAAAUGCCAUGGCCACCCGUGUCCAAAUAUAAUUGAUUGUUUUGUCUCAAGACCAACAGAAAAGACAAUAUUCCUACUAUUUAUGCAAGCCAUAGCCACUGUUUCGCUUCUCUUAAAUGUUCUAGAAAUUUUCCACCUAGGUUUUAAAAAGAUUAAAAGAGGGCUUUGGGGACAAUAUAAAUGGAAGGAUGAGCAUAAUGAAUUCUUUGCGAACAAGUCAAAACAAAAUCCUGCCAAGUAUCAGAGCGCAUCUGCAAAUUCACUGAAGAGACUCUCUUCUGCACCUGAUUAUUACCUGUUAAUGGAAAAGCAAAAACACACAGCAGUGUGCCCUAGUUUAAAUUCACCUGCAUUUCAGGUGGAUCCUGACAAUCACAGCGGAAAUGAUGAGAAAUGUGUUUUGGAUAAACAAGAAAUUGUACUUUCUGAUGAGAUGCACACACUUAGCGCUACCUGUAGUCAUCUUCAACACUUCAGCUCAUGUAAUAAUGAAGACACUCAUAAAAUAUUUAGAAAAGAAAUGGGUAACCCAUUAAGGGAAAAGAGAGAAACUGAUUGCAAAGACAGCAAAAGGAACCACUGCUCUAGAGGUCACUGUUCUAUUCCAGGUGUUGCUAUAGAUCUGGACAACCACAUGGGGCAGUCAUCCCAAACAGCUUUCCCUCUACCUGCUAACUGUGCCUGGGAACAGUUGUGGCCUAGUGCUACAUGGGGUCCCUCUAAGGAAGAUGAAAAUCAGGUGUCACCUCCUAAAGGAAACCUGAAGGGCCAGUUCAGAGAGGGCACAAUUAGCACCCUUCCUCCUUCCCAGGGAGACUGCCAGUCACUUGACAUUCCAGAUACUCCUGCUUCUUUGGGACAAUUGUCCUUUGAAUCUGAUUUGGUCAGAAGCUGCAAUAAUCCUACUGCUUGUCCUCCAAAUCAUUUGGGGUUGCUGACAAACAACCUCAUUGGUAGGCGGGCUCCCACAGACCUUCAGAUCUGAACAGCUGUUGGCUUCU